CUUGCGGAGCAAGGCCCUAAAUUUGCGGAGUACAUUACGUGACGCCGCAACGCGGAGUGAGGUAGCCAAAAUGGAUCUUGGUCUGCAAUUCAGCGAUGAUGAUUUGGAGCCCGAAAGCUCACUCAAACGACCAGCAUUCACUGCAGCCGACUAUGUGCCCAAGUUUGAAGACCCACGGUGGUAUGCUGAUCCCAGCCAGCUGCCAGACCCCUCAGAUGAUAACCAGAUGCCGCUCUACUUCCACGCCAACAAGCUGGCUGUGGACGGACGGCACGCAGAGGCCCUUGCCAUCUACGAGCUGCUCCUGGAUCGCAGUACGAGGAACAGUGCCAGUACGCGGGAGCUGCUGGACAGCUGUGCGCGCUGUCUGCUGAGGCUGGGGCGGCCGGAGGAGGCGCUGCUGCACCUGGAGCGCAGCCGCGGCCUGCUGCAGAACCGCGACCACCUGCUGGUGUGGGCGGCUCUGGCCGGCGACACGCAGCGCCGCCUGGGCCGGCCCGAGCGCGCCCUGCCGCUCCAGCAGGCGGCCGUCGCCGCCGACGAGCAGAGCCCGCUGGCGUGGCUGGCGCUGGCCCACACGUACGGAGCGCUGGCGGACGCCGGACACCGGCCGCAGCGGAGCCGCCGGCUGCGGCGCGGCGCGCUGCUGUGGGCGCGCGCGGCGCUGGCCGAGGCGACGCGCGCGGCCCGCUCGUUUGUAGCCGAGGCGGCGCUCGGCCGACUACGGGAGGUGGACGCGGCACUGGCCGGCGAGGAGCCCGCCUCCGAGGAGCUGAACGCCAGGCUGCGCCAGCGGCUGAUGUGGGGCGCCGGCCCCGCGCCGGCGCAGGGCGACGAUGAGUUUGUGGACCGGGGCAGCUCAAAGUUCCAGGAGAAAGUGGAUGGCGUCGUGCAGUGGGAGGUGUCAUGUGAAGAGUUCGAACGAAAGUGGUUCGAGUUGUUCUCAGACGAUGUGGACUCAGAAUCGUUGGCUGUUACGAAAUAAAAAAUAUUUGAUAUGAUUUAAA